AUGGAGGGCGAAUGGUACCGCUGCAUAUUCGCAGAUGAGUUCCGAGAGCUCUACGACAUGGCUACAGCCCAGCCUUUUAGGGCAUGCAAGCAACCUUUCUACAAGAUAGGACUUCUGCGGUUGGUGUGUCAAGCUCGCUGCGCGGGUCGAGAUACCACUGACUUUAUCGAGGCCCAUCGCACCGGGUAUGCGUGCCAGAAGAAUGGCGGCCCCAUCACAUCCUUCCACCGGCACAUUAUGACUCCCGAACAGGACGAACGAUACUCCAGAGUGGACUUCCGCAAAAAGUUCGUAUGGAAUGGACAAAUGUAUGUGGCGACAGCUGGCAUGAGUUUCAGGACCGAGGUCGAAAUCAUCCACCGAUCCAUCUGGCCGUGGGAGGGCGAUACCCCAGAGCCCCGUCAGACCCUGUCGAUACCCCUGGAUCGCUGGGAUGGGCACCAAACACUGUCCGGCAUGAGACCGCUAGCGCCAUCCGCUUUACCAGCCCUGCUUCGACAAGACGUUUAUCAACCUCCAGAAGAGAGUAUCCAGAAACACCCUUUGUUGGACUCUGGCUACGGUGGCAGUGAAGGAAUCCCCAGGGGCAUGAGGAAGCUGGCCACCUCGCGCUCAGAGCCACAGCCAGGUCAACAGCACCUGCAGCAAGAGGAUGCAUCCAUGAAUGCGUUUACGCAAGGAGUGGGGAGUAUAUUCAGCGACCACUCGAUUUUGGACUCGGCGACGGCGAUUGAGGGCAUGAAUACCGGGUACCCGCAGGAUCUCGAUGACGAACAGAUCAUGGAUGACGAACCUGCCAACAAUGACUUGGUCGACAAUGGAUCGAGGAGCUGCACAGAGGCAGAAUGGGAUGAAUAUUUUAACAGACUCACCCCCGAUGCAGACCUGGCUGAGAACCAACACGCAGAGCCAUUUUUAUAG